AUGGCCUCCGCCCCUCCUGUGCGCGCGGAACCAUGGACUCCGCCGCUGCCCGCUAAACCCGCACUCCCCCCUUCCGCGCCUCCCCCUUCCGCUCAACCAGCUCCGCCGCUCCCCUUCCAUCUCUGGCGGCGCCGCCAGCAGCGCCGCGUGCGCUCCGCGUUCUCCGCCGCGUCUGGCGCGCGGAAGCAGUGGGAUGCCGCCUCGGCGGAUGGGCUGCGCGCGGCGACAGCUGUCGUGAACCGAUUGGUGCAGCUGAAGCAGCUACCUGGCAAGGACCUCGGGGCGGUGGGGGGCAUGGAGGGCAUCGUUGAGAGGGCAGCAGAGAAGAUCCGACGCAUUAUGGAGGAGGAUCUAUGCACGCUGCGCCGCUGCUUGAAUGACCUCGCUGCAGCAGUCGACGCCCUCGUCCCUGCCCUGCUACCCAUCUACCCGCCCCCCCACAUACCACCUCCCCUGCAUGCACCUGACACAACGGCCCUCCCCCCAGCAGCACCUGAAUCCACAGUUGCGCCCUUCACUUUUGCCACCUCACUGGCAGCGCCUGUGCCAUUGUCAGCAGUGUCAGCACCAGCACCAGCAGCAGCAGCAGCAGCACCAUCGCCAUUUCGAGCAUCAGCAGCUUCAGUGUCACCCUCCCCCUCAGCUGGAGUGUGGGAUGCAUAUGAGGUGUGGCAGGAGGCAUGGCAAGAGAGAGACAUGUACCCUGACGAACCCAUCUUCACCGCUCUCCGUCUCUCAGUUUUCGAGAGGUGGGCUGGGGACGUGGCAGCUAUGUUUCGCAGAGAGCUGCUGGUCAAGCAUCACUAUCAUCUCACAGUUCCUCCUUCCCCUCUUCCUCAUGCAUCCCUCUUCCUCAUGCAUCCCUCUCCUCCCCACCAGCGUCUCAUACUCUCUUCACUCAACUCAGCAGUCAGACAUGAAGCCGCCACCACCACCACUGCACGCACCACCACCACCACUCCAAAUACCUCUCUAACCUCCCAAAGCCCGCUUAAACACCCUCUCAACAUCCCUCCACUGUGCCUGCCAUGCGCCGCCUCGCCACCUGCCACUGUGCCUGCUCCCAAAGCUGAUGCCACUCUUGAUGCAAGUGCUCUUGCUGUGGAGGAAGGAGCGAGCCCAGGCGAAACGGUGGAAACAGGUGGAGGCAGGUUGGAAGCAGCAGGAGCAGCAGGAACAACAGGAGCAGGCAGGGCAGCCACAUCACGAGACGAGGACGGCCGUGAGACACCAGCGGCAACAGAAGAAGAGGCUGCGAGCGAGGCAGCAGCGGAGGGAGAAGCACCGGGUUGUUUGCAGGGAGAGGGAAUUGGGACUGGUGGGGGGGAUAUGGAGACAGGGAUUGGUGGAGAGCGCGGGGCAGGAGGGAAUGGGGGGCGUGGUCAAGGAGGGAGUGGCAUGCUGGAGGGGCAGAAUGGAUUGAAGGGACAGGCAUGGGCAGAGGGACGCGGACUGUCACACGGGCUUAGUGCAGCAGAGGGUUGUGAGUGGGCGGUGGUGCAGCAGCAGUUGGAGCAGUCAGGGCUGCUUGCCCGCUCGCCCACACCUCAACAGCUCCAGGUGUGUCUGGUGGCAUGGCUGGUGGAAAUGCACAUUGACUCUCGGUGUCUCUCUUCCAUCUUUGCUGCUGUAGAUGAGGAAGUGAAAAGUGUAGCAGCGUAA